GCCAGGACAGCCAGUACAGGACAGCCAGGACAGGACGGCGGGCUGGGCGGCGGCGGGCGGGCUGGCUGAGGCGGCGGGCGACUAUCGCGGGGCGUCCUUAUCAGCACCGCAAGCAUGCGGCGGCGGCGGUGCGGCAGUGGUUUUGACGCGCGACGACACCUCCCGCCCGCGCGACUCCACGCCCGCCGCGGACAGCAGAGCGCACCCUCCUGCGCGCCCUACUAUGCGCCCUGAUGAGCCUCAAGCGCUCCCUGGACGAGGCGCAUGACGGCGAGCAGCCGUCGCCGGCCGACUCGACGGCCUCGCACGCGGCCCCCGCGGCCUCGCACAAGCCGCCCAGCCCCGCCGCCAGCAGCGCGUCGUCGUUCCGCAACGUGAGCGCCUGCAACCGCUGCCGCCUGCGCAAGAACCGCUGCGACCAGCGCCUGCCGUCGUGCGCGUCGUGCGACAAGGCGGCUGUCAAGUGCGUGGGCUACGACCCCAUCACGAAGCGCGAGAUCCCGCGCAGCUACGUCUGGUACCUCGAGACCCGCGUCGCCUACCUCGAGGCGCUGCUGCUCGACGCCGGCACGCCGUUUGCGCCCGCCGAGGACUUCAACCCCAGCUUCCAGCCCAGCGCCGCCGCGCCCGCCCACCAGCCCGCCCACCCGCCGGGCCUGCCUGCGCGCAGCAAUGGCGCCGCCGCCCCGCGCGACGACGCCGACAAGUACGACCGCGAGAAGCUGACCAAGCUGGUGUCCAACAUCGGCAUGGUGUCGGUGCAGGGCGCCAGCGACCCGCGCUACCUGGGCUCGACCUCGGGCAUCUCGUUUGCCCGCGUCGUCUUCGCCGCCGUCAAGAGCUCCGUGUCGGGCGCCUCGUCCGAGCGCGGCAGCACCCGCGGCAAGCCGCCCGCCCUGGUCGACGGCGGCACCUCGAUGCGCGACUCGUUCUUCGGCCUGCACACCAAGCCCACCUUCCGCCAGGCCCCCUUCCCCGACCGCGACCUGGCCGCGCGCCUGGUCGAGCUGUACUUUGAGCACGCCAACCCGCAGAUCCCCAUCCUGCACCGCGGCGAGUUCAUGGACAUGUUCGACCGCGUCUACGCCAACGGCGAGCGCCACCGCACCUCGCGCGAGUCGUACAUGCUGAACAUCGUCUUUGCCAUUGGCGCCGGCAUCAUCCUGGGCAGCUCCGACGCCGACGACUCGCCGCCGUCCGACGGCUCUGCCUCGCCCUCCAAGUCGCGCGCCUCGCCGCCCUACAACAAGAAGCGCCGCCUGGCCGGCCAGCAGCACCAGCCCGAGGAGUACCACGCCUCCGCCAUUGUGCACCUCGAGAACUUCCUCGGCUCGUCCCCCGCCGCCGACCGCCCCGACGGCUUUGGCGGCGGCCUGGAGGAGCUGCAGGCCGUGCUGCUCCUCGCCGGCUUUGCCCUGCUGCGCCCGGUCGCGCCUGGCCUGUGGUACAUCGUGGGCGUGGCCGUGCGUCUUGGCGUGGACCUGGGGCUGCACUACGAGGACGGAGUGGGCAUCGACGGCUCCGGCUCCGAGGACAACGCCGCAGCGCGCCCCAGCUUCAAGACUGAGGGCUCUGCGAGCGAGGACGCGGCCGCCGCCCCCACCAAAGUCGAUGCGAAGGAGAGGGGCCGCCGGCAGUGGGUCAGAGACCUGCGACGCCGCCUGUGGUGGUGUGUGUAUUCCGUGGACCGCCUCGUCAGCACCUGCGUGGGCCGGCCGUUUGGCAUCACCGAUCAGAUCGUCACCACCGAGUUCCCCUCGCUGCUCGACGACCGCUUCAUCACCAAAGAAGGCUUUCUCGACCCGCCGGCCCACCUCGAGAAGCCCACCUACAAGGUCGUGGCCUAUCACUACUUCCGCCUGCGCUUGCUGCAGUCCGAGAUUUUGCAGGUUUUGCAGCACCGCCAGGCGCAGCAAGCAAGGGCGAGUGGCACAAACCAGCGCAACGAGUUCAUGCACACCAAGCUGCCCUCGCCCUUCCUUGCCAAGUUCGAGUCGUUCCGCGUCUGGCGUGCCGACAUCGACCGCCGCCUGCAGGAGUGGAAGGACUCGGCCCCCACGCAGAUAGACGCCGGCGUGCAGUUCUCGCCGCUCUUCCUGGAGCUGAACUACUGGCAGGCGGUCAUCAUGUUGUAUAGACAGAGUCUGGUAGUCCCGACUGGGCUCCAGGGCGUGCUUGGCACCACCGGCUCGGAUGUCGGGAGUCCGUCCGUGGUCGGCAUGGACGACCGCGAAGACGAGGACCUGGUGUUUCUCAAGGUGGCCGAGGCGGGGCAGAAGGUGCUGAAGCUGUACCGCCAGUUGCAUCGCGUGCAUCUCGUAAACUAUACCUUCUUGGCAACCCAUCAUCUCUUCAUGGCGGGGAUAUCGUUCCUGUACGCCGUGUGGCACAGCAUCCAUGUCCGCAGCCUACUAUCGCUGGAUGACGUCGACUUCACCGUCCUAGCCGCGACCUCGGUCCUAGGCGAUCUCAUCGACAAAUGCCCGCCCGCCGAGGCGUGCCGCGACGCCUUCGACCGCAUGAGCAAGGCCACCAUCCAGAUGUGCAUGUCCACCACUGGCUUCGGCCCGCAGGCCCUGCGCUCCCUGCCGCAACACAACCCCUACCCGCAGCCCGCCUUCCCCAGCGCCGACCCUGAAAGACCCGCCGACCAAGAAAUCCCCGCUUACGCCCGAGCCACCUCCUACUUCGGCCAGCCCCCGCAGCGCAAGCCGGUGCCCCGCUUCGACAUGAACCUCAAGGACCUCUUCUCCGAGGACGAGACCGAUAAGCGCUCGUUCAGCCGCGUCUCCAAUCAGGUCACGACCAUGCGGCCCCCGCCCACCCCGGUGAAGCCCGAGCCCGCGCUGCAGUUCACCGCGGACCUGAAGAUCUCGCCACAGCUGCGCACGCAGGGGUACGGGUUUGCAUCGCAACAGACACCACAACAGCAACAGCAGCAGCAGCAGCAGCAGCAACAACAACAAACACAACAAAGUCUGCAACAACAAAACCAACAGCAAACCGCCUCCUUCUCCCCGCCCCUCCCCAACUCGCCCCCCUACACUCUCUACCCCUACCCCUCCCUCUCCACCACCAACUCCGCCUACCCCGACCUGGGCUUCCACAACGACCUCGACUUCCUCGACAGCUUCCCCGGCACCGGCGGCACCGGCGGCGGCGUGGGGCCCGGCAGCGCGGCCGACGGCGCCGCGACCCAGGACGUCGGCAUCGGGUUCGGCAUGGGCUUUGGCGACGGCACGCAUGACUGGAGUGAUGGGAAUGGGCUGGAUUUGUUCGAUGGGUUUUUCUUUGGGCCGGGGGGGACGGGGAUGUAGAUGGGGAUGUGCGAUAGAUGGUGCGUGUGAGGUGGGUGUGUAUGAUAGAUAUAGAUGGGCUGAGGUGUGCAUAGGAUAGGGAUGAAUGUAUUGAAUUCAUGGUCAUGGCUUGUCGUGUGCGGUGGUGCACUGUGGAUGGGUGAUUCAGUAGCUUGAUGGAGUGUGAUAGAAGGUUGUAGUCUCAGUCUGCAAUCUCAGUCUGAAUUCUCAGCCUGAAGGGGUUCCG